GGCGGGCGGCGGCGGGAGCGAGGCGCCGGAGCCGCGGCGCAGGCAUUGCAGCAGAGCCCCGAGCGCAGGCGGCGGCGCGGCGGGGACGGCUCGGCCCACGCCCGCCUGUGGCCUCGCGUCCGCGCCGCGCUGAGGAGAGAGCUCGCCGGCGCCGGGGGAGUCGGGCGCGGCGCCUCCGCGGAGCGAGCCUGCCGGAGCCUGAGCCCGGGCGCGGAGCCGGCGCCGGGGAAAUGUUUGGAUUGUGAGCUAUUUCAGAGCUCUGUUCUCAGGACUCAUUAUUUUAACAUUUCGGAGAAACACUUCCAGAAGACUGAAGGAGGAGCAGGGAAUCUGAAGACUCCAGAUGACAUCAGAGUUACUUUUCAACAGCCUUCUCAGUUUCCUUUCUCAGAAAGCAGAGACUCAAACCUAGGAGGUAGAGGACAUAAAAUGUGCUGGAACUUGUUACCAGUGGUGGCUUGGCAGCUAUGAGAUGGAGAUGCUUACUCAAGGAGAAGUCAUUUUAUUUGUGGAUACUUGAACACUGAUAUUUGCAUUUAAUGAACAAAAGAUGAAAAAGGAGACUCAAGAUAUUCACUAAGGAUUAUAUCUGCUUGCUGCUGCAGACCUAUGUAUUAAGGAAUUCUGCUUUUUCUUGCUUAAGAGUUGAUCAGCUCUGUGUCAAACUGCAUCGGAGUUUGCUUGCCUCUUAUCUUGUCAUUGCCAGAAGAAAUCCUGUUCAGUAUGUAACAGUACAUCACUGUCUAAUUGCUAUGGAAGGUGAUAAACUGACACUCACUUAUUAAAGCUAUAUCUCACUCACCCACGGAAAACCAUUCUUUAAAGUGAACAGAAACCUAGCCCUCGUGACACUUCUAUUGAACAUGACUCAUGGAGAAGAGCUUGUCUCUGAUGUGCACCAGGAUUCUGUUGUUUUAACUUAUCUAGAAGGAUUACUAAUGCAUCAGGCAGCAGACGGAUCAAGUACUGCCAUUGACAAAAAGUCUGCUGGGCAUAAUGAAGAUCAGAACUUUAACAUUUCUGGUCAUGCAUUUCCUACCUGUCAGAGUAAUGGUCCAGUUCUCAAUACACAUACAUAUCAGGGAUCUGGAAUGCUGCAUCUCAAAAAAGCCAGACUGUUGCAGUCUUCUGAGGACUGGAAUGCAGCAAAGCGGAAGAGGCUGUCUGAUUCCAUCGUAAAUUUAAAUGUAAAGAAGGAAGCUUUGCUGGCUGGCGUGGUUGACAGUGUGCCUAAAGGCAAACAGGAUAGCACAUUACUGGCCUCUUUGCUUCAGUCGUUCAGCUCUAGGCUGCAGACUGUUGCUCUGUCACAACAAAUUAGGCAGAGCCUCAAGGAGCAAGGAUAUGCCCUCAGUCAUGAUUCUUUAAAAGAAGAGAAAGAUUUAAGGUGCUAUGGUGUUGCAUCAAGUCACUUAAAAACUUUGUUGAAAAAGAGUAAAGCUAAGGAUCAAAAGCCUGAUACCAAUCUUCCUGACGUAACUAAAAAUCUCAUCCGAGACAGGUUUGUAGAAUCACCUCAUCGCAUUGGACAAAGUGGAACAAAGGUCAUGAGUGAACCCUUGUCAUGUGCUGCGAGAUUGCAGGCUGUUGCAAGCAUGGUGGAAAAAAGGGCUAGUCCUGCCACUUCACCCAAACCUAGUGUUGCUUGUAGUCAGUUAGCAUUACUCCUUUCAAGUGAAGCUCAUUUACAGCAGUAUUCUCGGGAACAUGCUUUAAAAACACAAAAUGCAAAUCAAGUGGCAAGUGAAAGGCUUGCUGCUAUGGCCAGAUUACAAGAAAAUGGCCAGAAGGAUGUCAGCAGUUUCCAUCUCUCAAAAGGAAUGUCAAGCCAUCUUAAUGGUCAAGCAAGAACAUCAUCGAGCAAACUAAUGACUAGCAAAAGUACGACAUUUCAAAGUCCGAUGGGUAUUAUUCCUUCUUCCCUCAAAAAUGCAGGCUAUAAGAACUCACAGGAAAGAAACAACAUAAAACAAGCUGCAAAUAAUAGUUUGCUUUUACAUCUUCUUAAAAGCCAGACCAUAACUGCACCUAUGAAUGGACACAACCAUAGUGAGAGAGGAAGCAUUUUUGAGGAUAGUAGUACACCUACAACUAUUGAUGAAUACUCAGAUAACAACCCUAGUUUUACAGAUGAUAGCAGUGGUGAUGAAAGUUCUUAUUCCAACUGUGUUCCCAUAGACUUGUCUUGCAAACACAGAGUUGAAAAACAAGAACCUGACCAACCUAUUUCUCUGGAUAACUUAACACAAUCCUUGCUGAACACUUGGGAUCCAAAAGUCCCCAACAUAGAUGUUAAAGAAGAUCAAGAUACCUCAAAGAAUUCUAAGCUAAAUUCACACCAGAAAGUGACACUUCUUCAAUUGCUACUCGGCCAUAAGAAUGAAGAAAAUGAGGAAAGAAACAACAGCCCUCAGGAAGUGCAGAGUGAUGUAACAAAAUUCAAUAAACGGAUGUAUGCGAGGACUUCCGUAAUAGAAAGCCCCACCACACAUAGGACUACUCCUGUGAGCACUCCUCCAUUACUUGCAUCUACCAAAGCAGAGUCUCCCAUCAAUCUCUCCCAGCACUCUCUGGUUAUCAAAUGGAACUCCCCUCCAUACGCCUGCAGCACUCAGUCUGAAAAACCAAUAAACACCACAUCUAACCACUUGAUGGAUCUUACAAAGAGCAAAGAGUCGCAAGGAGAGAAACCAGUCCAGAAUGAAGGUACACAGAACUCUGCGACUUUCAGUGCCAGUAAACUGUUACAAAAUUUAGCGCAGUGCGGAAUGCAGUCUUCCACUUCAGGGGAGGAGCAGAGACCCAGUAAACAGCUGAGUGUAAAUACAGAUAAACCCAUAGCUAUGAUCGAUAGACUAAGUAGCCCUCUGCUCUCAAAUAAAACAAAUGCAGUUGAAGAAAGUAAAGCCUUCAAUAGUCAGGCAACGGAUUCUGAACCAAGACUUUCUGGUUCUGAAAUAGAAAAUCUGCUUGAAAGGCGCACUGUUCUCCAGUUGCUCCUGGGAAACCCCAACAAAGGGAAGAGUGAAAAGAAAGAGAAAAUUCCUUUGAGAGAGGAAAGUACUCAGGAACAUACAGAUAGAGCUUUAAGUGAACAAAUAUUGAUGGUAAAAAUAAAAUCUGAGCCUUGCGAUGACUUACAUAUUCACAAUACAGAUGUGCACUUGAGCCAUGAUGCUGAGAGUGCCCCAUUCUUAGGUAUGGCUCCCCCCAUACAGAGAAGUGCAACUGCCUUACCAGCUUCCGAGGACUUGAAAUCGGAGCCCCUUUCACCUCAGGAUUUUUCUUUCUCAAAGAAUGGUCUGUUAAGUCGACUGUUGAGACAAAAUCAAGAGAGUUACCUGCCAGAUGAUCUGGACAACAGUCACAGACAUAGUGAACUGACACUUCUGGAAUCAAAGAAUCUUUGCAUGGUCCCUAAAAAAAGGAAACUUCAUACUGAGCCAUUAGAAAAUCCAUUUAAAAAGAUGAAAAAUAGCAUCCUCGAUGCUGCCAACAGUCACGGAGCCCCAGAGGUGCUGUAUGGGCCCCUGAUUAACCAGCAAGAGCUGAAAUUUAGCAGAAAUGAUCUUGAAUUUAAAUAUCCUGCCAGUCAUGGUUCAGCCAGUGAAAGUGAACAUAGGAGUUGGGCGAGAGAGAGCAAAAGCUUCAAUGUUCUGAAACAGCUGCUUCUCUCAGAAAACUGCAUGAGAGAUUUGUCCCAGCACAGGAGUAACUCUGUCGUUGACAGUAAAAAGAGAGGACACAAAAAUAAUGUGACCAAUAGCAAACCUGAAUUCAGCAUUUCUUCUUUAAAUGGACUGAUGUACAGUUCUUCUCAGCCCAACAGUCCCAUGGAUAACAGGACAUUUCCAUACCCAGGAGUAGUAAAAACUCCCAUGAGUCCUCCUUUUCCUGACCACUUGGGCUGUGUGGGGUCUAGACCAGAAUCUGGGUGUUCCAUGACCAGUGACAAGGGACCCAUUAAGUGGGUUAUCGCAGACGUGGAUAAGAAUGAGUAUGAAAAAGACUCUCCGAGACUGACCAAAACUAACCCAAUACUGUAUUACAUGCUCCAGAAAGGAGGCAAUUCUGUUACCAGUCGAGAAACACAGGACAAGGACAUUUGGAAGGAGCCUUCAACUGCUGAAAAUGUCUCACAGGUUACAGUCAAAGAAGAGUUACUUCCUGCUGCAGAAACUAAAGCUUCUUUCUUCAAUUUAAGAAGCCCUUAUAAUAGCCAUAUGGGAAACAAUGCUUCUUACCCACAUAAUGCAAAUGGCGAAGUUUAUGGACUUAUGGGAAAUGUGCUAACAAUAAAAAAAGAAACAGAAUAAAAUUUAACCUGCUAUUCAGCUUUGGAUCUUUUUAAACCUAAUUAAUUGAACUUGAGAUCUGUAUAAAUAAGAGCAUGAUUUGAGAAAAGCAUGGUAUAAUUGAAACUUCAUUUUGAAGAGUAUCGGUAAUGUUUAAAUAUGCACACUGCUUUUUGCUUUACAUUAGAGUUCAUGAGGAAACUACUGAACUAUUGGUUGUUUAACACUUCUGUAUGCAUCAGAUAACUGUGAGUAGCCUAUGAAUGAAAUCUUUAUGAUCACAGAUAAUAGGCAUAAGUUAAAAUGUAAAUUUCCAUCCAUGGUGGAUAAAUGCAUUUUGCUGUCUUUAUGAGGGUACUCUAUUUUUAUUUCAGAAGUCAGCUUACAUAACAUUUUUUAAAGUCCAAAUCGUUAAAUAACUCUUUAAAGGAUAAUUAUUGAAUUAAAAACCAAAUUGUUAAAUAACUCUUUAAAGGAUAAUUAUUGAAUUAAAAACCUAAUGCUGAUUCACUUUUCAUUAUCCAAUUCAAAAAUAAAUUA